UUCAACAUCUUCUAUUGUUAAAUGCUUAAAAGCCAAACAAGGUUUUAUAUGCUUUCUUACCCUCUUCAACGUUAAACCCUCGAACGAACAAGCGUGCGGCGCUUGUGCCCUUCUUCUCAUUCAGUGGGAGCGCUUCUCUCAGACGCCGACGACAUCGCCCACGGAACUCCGACUUGUAGUCUUCUCUUUUUUAGCUUUCAGUCACAACUCAAUGCCUAAAAAGAGUUCCGCAAAGAAACCUAAAUCAAAGCAAGAAAGCCCAGAUGUGGAACAGAAGAAACCGACUCCUAUAGUGAAAGAACCUCGUAAUGAGAUUGAUGAGAUUUUCUCGGGGAAGAAGAGGAAGACACCUGAGAAAGAGAGCCCAGAUGUGGAAGAGGAGAAACCCACUCCCGCAGUGAAGAAAUCCACCAAUGAGAUUGACGAGAUUUUUGCGGGAAAGAAGAAGAAGAAGAAACCUAAGCAAGAGCAACCGGAGAAGGGGAUAGAAGGUGUGAAUUCAAAAGUGAAGAACAAGAAGAGGAUUAAAAGAGAUGAAGGGGGUGGUUUUUCAGAUUCACCUUCACGGGCUAGAAAGAAAACAGAGGAUGGACUCGUCCUCUACACAGAGGAGGAGUUGGGUAUUGGGAAGUCAGAUGCUGGAGGUACCCCACUUUGCCCUUUUGAUUGUUCCUGUUGCUUCUGAUCAUACCCAGCUACUUCUUUGGGUGUUGAGUUGCUCCCUUGUUCUUCUGAAGUUUUGGGAUAUUCACUAAAAUUUGAAAUUUUGUAAGUUUAUUCUGCAAUUUUGAUGGUCCAGUUUGAGGACGGUUGAGGGUGCUUAUUCCAUUAUUUAGAUGUACACUAGAGAACCAUAUUACAUGAACCACUAUCUAUUUUUAUAA